AAAAAAAGAAAGAAAGAAAUGUUUAUGGGGGAAAACUUUUUCACAGCACUACAGCUCUCGAAUUCCAGAUAUUAAAUAGUUUCAGCUGCAAAGAGCAAACCAGGUUUAUUAGGGAACUGCAGAGCUGAACAGCAAGAGACAAAUUAGGAGCAUUUCUGGUGUAGAGAAGCUGAAGGACAAGCUUUUCUGAACUCAAGCUUUUUACAAGUUCUCUAUUCCUUUUAAAGUUUGCUGCAGAAAAUAAAGUGGUGGUUCAAAGUGAAGCUCAAUAAAGAUGAGUCGAUCUAUUUGCUAAGCGUACAUAUAUUUUCAUUUGUCUACUUCCCUCCUUGAAUUUCUGGGCAAGUCCCAGCUUCCUUUGACACGGGUCAGCCUGACCCAGCUAAUUCAUUUCCCCUUGAAAAGCCUCAUUGGUUGAUGAAUUGGACUCUGUGGGUUUUUCCUGCACAAAAAGCGGAAGGAAAAAAGACACACACAUCACACAAUGGUCCACAAAAAAAAGAGUUGAUCCUUUUGUAUUCACCUCAACAAUAAUGAAAAAACUUCUCUCUGUUCUUUUUCAACUAAUUGAUGCUUUAGACAUGCACUGUCUGACCCGGCUGGCAGUUCACUGCCAUGCAACAGUCCUUGUAACCCAAAAGUGGUAAAGUUUCCAAGCAACCGGUGGAGUGAAGGCUCUACCAAGGAUUUAUAAACACUCGAUUCCCUGUGAUUUAUUUGGUGGAGGAAUGUAGACCACCUUUAAAACCAGCGGUGGGGGUUCUGCAGCUCCUCAAAUUCCACUUCCACUUCUCAGGAGAGGAGACGACAGAGAACCUUCUUCAUUUUACACAACCGCUUUGGACGAAUAGAGGACACAAUGUUGCCAGAGAUCCUCACCACGAUGGAGGUUCACAGUCUGUGUGGAGUCACCCCUGUUGUGCUUCUUCUGCUGCUGUUUCUGCUCAUCACCACCUGGAGCCAAACACAGAGUUCACACAUACAAGGUCCCUGUUUCUGUGCAGGACUUGGUCCGAUCCUGUCCUACGGCAGAUUCAUUUGGACCGGGAUUGGAACAGCCUGCAACUACUACAACAACAAAUAUGGCAGCACCGUCCGGGUCUGGAUCAAUGGGGAGGAAACCAUCAUUUUCAGCAGGUCCUCUGCAGUGUACCACGUUUUGAGGAGCCCUCACUACACAUCCAGAUUUGGGAGCAAAAGAGGCCUUGAGUGCAUUGGGAUGGAGGGGAGGGGUAUCAUUUUCAACAGCAAUAUUCUGCUCUGGAAACAAGCUAGGACAUACUUCUCUAAAGCUCUGUCAGGCCCCAGCCUUCAGCGGACCGUGGGAAUCUGUGUGAGCUCCACAGCCAAACACCUGGACCACCUCCAGGACAUGACCGACCCCUCUGGACAUGUGGACGCCCUCAAUCUCCUGAGAGCCAUCGUAGUGGACAUCUCCAACAAAUUGUUCCUCAGGGUUCCUCUCAAUGAGAAGGAGCUGCUUAUGAAAAUCCAUAACUACUUUGAAACCUGGCAAACGGUUCUAAUCCAGCCUGACAUCUUUUUCAAGAUCGGUUGGCUUUACAACAAGCAUAAAAAAGCAGCCCAAGAGCUGCAGGAUGCGAUGGAGAGUCUGCUCGAAAUCAAAAGACAAAUCAUUCAUGAAACGGAGAAGCUGGAUGACGACCUUGACUUUGCAACAGAGCUCAUCUUUGCACAGAACCACGGGGAGCUCUCUGCUGAUAACGUCAGGCAGUGUGUGCUGGAGAUGGUGAUCGCAGCUCCUGACACACUCUCCAUCAGCCUCUUCUUCAUGCUGAUGCUGCUGAAACAAAACCCGACGGUGGAGCUGCAGCUUGUGGAGGAGAUGAGCACCGUUUUGGAUGAUACAGCUAUGGAAAACGUCGAUUAUGAAAGGCUGAAAGUGAUGGAGAAGUUUAUUAAUGAAUCCAUGAGGUUUCACCCCGUGGUCGACUUCACUAUGCGGAAAGCUCUGGAGGACGAUGACAUCGAAGGUACCAAGAUCAGGAAAGGAACCAACAUCAUCCUGAACAUCGGACUCAUGCACAAGACUGAGUUCUUCCCCAAACCCAGAGAGUUCAGCCUGACCAACUUUGACAACCCGGUGCCCAGCCGCUUCUUCCAGCCCUUUGGCUGCGGGCCUCGCUCCUGCGUCGGCAAACACAUCGCCAUGGUGAUGAUGAAGGCCAUCUUGGUCACCCUGCUCUCUCGUUACACAGUGUGUCCGCGCAAAGGCUGCACUGUGAGCAGCAUCAGGCAGACCAACAACCUGUCACAGCAGCCUGUGGAGGACGAGCACAGUCUGAGCAUGCGCUUCAUCCCCCGCAGUCAGAACCAAAACACCACCAGCUCUGAAUAAUGAGGAGGUUCUCCCCUUUCAGAUAACAAUACACGACUAAUGUAUUAGUGCACCGAGUUCAAGGAAGGUAGAAGAUACAUUUACCCCCUUACAGAUGUCUCCUCUUUUUGCCUUUUGUCAUAUCAUCCAACAAACAAAAGGUAUUAUCAAAGACAACCUGAGCAAAUCCAAAAGCAAUUUUUUAAUAUUGAUUUUUAAUUUUUUUUUAAUAUUAAGAAACCCACUUGUGAAAAAGUAAUAUCCACCUAAAUCGAGUAACAACAGUAACAACCUUUGGCAACAACUCCUGCAAUCAAGCUUUUUGCAUUAACUGACAAAGAAAAAUAAUUAUUUUCUUCACUUGGACACAAGAGAAAAAUUUUAAAAUGGCAUCUUUUCGGGUGAAAAUCAAUGAAGGCUUGGAAAACAAGUUUAGAUAAAACCAGAAAAGAAUCACGAGUCCAAGUGGACGAGUUUCAUUGCAGAACUCUUAUCUCAACCAAAUUGACUUUUUUUUUUUUUUAGCAUUAACAGCAUGUUUAAGGUUAAAAAGAAUGACUAGUCCACUCCACAAACUUUCAAAAAUCUGUAGAUGUAUGUUUUGUGUUGUGGACUUUUGUGAUGUACUUUUAUCUUUAGUUAACUUGGAGGUUAAUAAUAGAUAUAUAAUUUGGAUGAACCUCAUGCACUAUAAGAAGCAAAUAGCUCAAACUUUUGAACAUGUCACGUCACAGAGACAAACUUCAAAGUAUUUCACUGGGAUUUUAUGUGACAGAUAAACACAAAGUGGUUUGAAUAAAAGGGAAGGAAAAUAAAAAAUGGUUUUCAAAAGUUUAAAAAAAAUGAUUUAACCAGAAAAUACAGGUUAAGUUACAGCUCUAGAUCAUUUUUGCAGCUUCGCACAGCUAAAGACUGGAGUUGUUGCUUUACUGUUUUCCUCGUAAAACUUCAAAAUAAUUGAAAACAAUUUUUUUGACCCCACAUUGCAAUGUGUUGGUCUGUCCCAUAUACAGUGAUAAUAAAUGACAGAAUUUGUGCUUGUAAAAGUUAAACUAUUAAUAGUUUUGGAAAGUGUUGCAUGAGAAACCAUUUGUAUUUACUUUGCAUAUAGUGUCCCUUAAAUAAAACCAACAAAAUCCAA